UGGGUAAACAGCACCGCCCCGAUGGUUGUUUGUUUUAAGUGUUGAACGAUCCAUCGCAGAGCGCCGUGCUCGAUUGACACUGUCUGCUGAUCUGCUACUGCGGAUAGCUCAGAAUAACACGGCUGCUCGCUAAUUCCCGUCUAUCGGGGCUUUCGCCGAAACACCGAGAGAGUAGGGUCCAGAAAAAAGCCAACAAGGCAGGCAAGAACGCCGCGCUGCCGGAGUCCGCACCCCAGAAUGGCUUCAGGAGACCUUUACGAGGUGGAGCGGAUUGUGGACAAGAGGCGGAACAAGAAGGGUAAGUGGGAGUACCUGAUAAGGUGGAAAGGUUAUGGAAGUAAGGAGGACACAUGGGAGCCAGAGCAUCACCUACUGCACUGCGAGGAAUUCAUUGACCAGUUCAACAGCUUGAGACUACACUCACACAAACGGCCCAAAGUUCCAAAAAAUCGUCAAGAGCCCCUUGUCACCAACCAGCUAUCUGCUACAGAAAACUCCAGAGCACGGUCUGAAGCCCGAAAGAAGAAAAGGACGUUAGGCCCAGCUGUUGGAGUUAGAGUAGGAGCUGUUCUAGGGAUUGGAAGUGGAGGGUCAGGACCCACUCAGAAGCAAAGGAAGGUGGGUCUUGGACCUGGGAAACCUGCUUUAGGGGACAGAAUAAGCAAAGCCAUGACAUAUAAGGCUCCUCCCCUGGGAGGGCCACACUUUGUUCACCCAGUGAGGAUUCCUCAUAAUGGACUACAGAAUGGAGACAUAGAUCCUCUCAUGUACAGGACAGCAGCAAGGUCGCAUAGACCUUCGGAUAAAGUGGAUGGAGAACUAGGAGACAUGGAUACCACUGGACAGCAGUUCACCACUGAGUCAGGCUCCCCUCUGGCCAAUGGCAAGAUGCAUCUACACAGCUCAGUAAAGCGGAAGUUGGCUGAGGAGAAAGGCUAUGUGUUCGACAAGCGGCUCAGGUACAAUGUGCGACAGAACGAGAGCAGCUGUCGAUUCCGAGACAUCGUAGUCAGGAAGGAGGAAGGCUUCACGCAUGUGCUGCUCUCCAGCCAAACAACAGACAACAACGCUCUGACACCAGAGAUCAUGAAGGAAGUGUGUCGAGCUUUGGGAAAUGCAGCUGCUGAUGACAGUAAAUUAUUAUUGCUCAGCUCCGUGGGGACUGUUUUCUGCAGUGGCCUGGAGCCGUCGUAUCUGAUAGGCCGUCUGUCCACUGACCGCAGAAAAGAGAGCAGCCGGAUCACAGAUGCCGUUCGGGAGUUUGUGUUGGCCUUUAUCCACUUCAAGAAACCCAUUGUGGCAGCAGUAAACGGACCUGCUCUGGGCUUAGGGGCAUCCAUCCUGCCCCUGUGUGAUGUGGUGUGGGCCAGUGAGAGGGCCUGGUUCCAAACCCCAUGUGCAGCCCUCCACCUCACCCCCUCUGGAUGCUCCUCCUACACCUUCCCCCAGAUCCUUGGUGUAGCACUGGCCAAUGAGAUGCUGUUCUGUGGAAGAAAACUUACAGCACAAGAAGCAUGCAGUCGAGGUCUGGUGUCGCAGGUCUUCUGGCCAACCACAUUUAACCAAGAAGUGAUGCUGCGUGUGAAGGAAAUGGCAUCAUGCAAUGCAGUGGUUUUAGAAGAAUCUAAAUGCCUGGUGAGGAGUAUCCUCAUGCCACUCCUGGAGGAAGUGAAUGACAAAGAGUGCCGGAUGCUGAAGCAGCUGUGGUGUUCAACCAAAGGACUAGAGGCCCUUUUUAGCUACCUGCACAACAAGGCGUAUGAGAAGUGAUCAUCAACACCCAGAAAACCGAUAAAUGUAGGUCAAAGGCUAUCUACAGAGAGACAUCCAAGAUGAUAACGGUGUGAUCUCAAAUUGAAGGAAAGGUUGCAUUAAGGGUCUUUGUUUCGAUCCAUCGCCAGUAGGGGAUUCUCUGGAGUUCUGUUCGCUUACAUGUCUACCAACAAUAAGUGGUCAUCUUUGUCUUCUGUGAAUCAACAUAUAUUUAUUGGACCCAUACCUGUUCAGAUGUUUUAUUCUCAAUGAGUCAAAGAGGAAAGGGCCAAAUGCGCAUUGCUUAAAUACACACUGAAGGUUGUUCCUCAGGGAGAUACAGAGUGUCUCUGUACAUAUGUGUUUAUGAAAUGAUCAAGAUGUCUGAAAUUAGAGUAUGUCUAUAAAUAGGUGAUUUAAUUAAUAAAUUAAUAAAUAAAAUAUAUAUAUAUAUAUAUAUAUAUAAAUAAGUUUAAAAAAUAUGUAUAUACGUUUUUUGUGUGUAAAAGACUUUCUUUCUGAAUAUAAGGAUUUUCUUUCACUUAUCGUAUUGAGCUGAAGUGUAUAUCAGAGUUUGCAUGAGGACACUGUUUCUUGCUCCUUACAUGCAAAAUCCGUCCUCUCUGUAUGGACAGAAGAAAACCUGCAACAAUUGUUCAUACAUGCCCAUACCUGUCAGUGGAUCACAUUCAGUGACUGCUUUAAACUUCAUGAAACACUUAAAAGAAACGUAACAUUUUUUUUCUUUUUUUUAUCACGCUAUUCAUUGUUCAUACUGUAAAGUCUUGAUUACACCGAACAGACAUCUUGUUUGCCAGUAAAUUCAUUGUCAUCAUCACAAUCACAAUAAAUUUGCUUCCAUUACAUGAAAUCAAGAUUAAUACCCGUGUACUAAUGAGACCGUCAGCUGAUUAGUGCAUAAGUAAAUAUAAUAUGAUCCUCAUAUUGUCAACAUCCAUCUGCUUUUAGUUUUUUUUUUCUCACCUGUAACAAAAACGGCAAGAGAAUCAUCAAACUUGUACAAAUACAAAUAGAAUCAUUAAAUGCAAAUCAGAAAGAUACGUGGAAACAGAGAACACUGGAAGCCUCAUGGAAUGCUGGCACUAAAUAUACAAAUGUGUCCAUUCUUAAUCAAAUGGCACUUUGUGUUUGAGUACAAGAUUACUUUACAUGAUUAAAUGAAGGGGAGGCACGUAUCACAUGGAAGUUUGAGCUACAUAUAGUAGCUGUGCAUGCAGUAACGUGGUGGUUCAUAUGUAUAACAUGGCUUCCACUUAUCAAUACAGAAAGUCAUUGUGUUAAAUGCGUGAUCAUCAUACUGACAUUACCUGACAGUUAUUUCUUAGUUGUGUAUUUCUUUCUUACAGCACACAAAAGAGAUGAUAAUCGCUUAGUCCUCGUGGUAAUCACAUUGUGACCACACUAAUUGUCAGUGAUCUAUAUUGUGGAAACGCAAAACAGUCGUGUAGCUGGAGUCCACUUUGUCCUUAUCUGCAUGUGAUGACCCAAGAUUUCAAGAAAUUUUAUAUUGUGAUGUGUAUUAUACUUGGGGAUCUAUUUUGUUUUACCAAAAAAAAGUAGUUCUGUGAAAAUUAUUUUGUAAAUCUCUGAAGAUAUUUGUCAAUUUUUGCAGUGGUACACAUGCAGUACAGAAUGAUAUAUUAUGUGGACUGUUUUGUGUAACUAAUGGCAUGUAAUAUACUGUAUAUAUAUACAUGUGUUGCCUGUCUGAAUACCUUGUAUUUAAAGGUACAGUAUGUUUUGUAUAAACAUUGUAAUUAUUGUUAGAAAUGGUGCCGUUUAUUUUUGUAUUUAUUUGAGAUAACUGUUGUGAAUGUGCGGUGCCAUGUGGUUUUGUUUGCUCCAGAAUAACCCCAACUCUCUUCAUCAUCCUUUCUAAAUUAUCCCAUAAAACCUUUGAACAAAAUGGGUCAGAUCAUUUAUACAUGCAUUAUUUCAAAAACCAAAAUGUGUAAACACUAUUGCCACUUGAAUGUUAACAUUUUCAGUUGACAUGGGAUUAGGUAAUUUGUUGGAAAUUAUCAAAAGGCAUCUCCAAUAGUUAGGGCUGGGCAUCAUUCAAACAUUUUUUGAUACCGAUACCAAUACCGUGACUUCGAUACCGGUUCCUGAACAAUACUUUUUUCAAUACCAAUUUUAAAUUAUCUAUUUGAACAAAAAGGGAUCACAACAUUACACAUUAUGGCACAAAUCUUUUUAUUUAUUUUUCAGCUCCUACCGUGUAAGCACCAUCUCUAUGUGUGACGUAGUUUUUCCUGCAUGUCUCUGCGACGUGUAACAUUAGACAGCCGAUCAGCAGCUUUAUAAGAUCUUGGUAGAAACAUGCUGCACACGUAUUGGCUCACUGACGCCGAUGAGAUUUACUCCUUUUAUUGAAACUGGGUAUUGAAUGAAAAGGCAUUUUUUGAUACUCAAUACUAAGGAGGCAAUUAGGUCGGUGCCUAAAAAGGUAUUUAAUUAGGUACCAAGCCCUACACAUAAUUUAAUAUACAAUAUUGUGUUUUACUGAGCUUUAUAAGUACAGAUCAACAGAUGAUCAAUAAAAUGAACUUUAUUGAAUUUCAGAAUUGUCAAUUUGAAGAGUAAGACUCCAGUAAUACUCCAUGAUGUUGUUACAACUUCCAUCAUCGGUUUUAUUUGAUUGCAGGGCAUAAUUAAUAGUUUGAUGAAGCAUUUAUGAAAUUUAAGUCAUUAAAUACUUUCCUAAAAUGAACAAGGGAAACCCAACACACUUUCACUUAAGCUCAUGAAAACAUCUGUAGUUGUGUUAUAGUGCCUGUGCAUUUAUCCUAACUUGCCAGAUAUAUAAUCAGCUACAGAAACAGGCAGUUUUGAAAGCAAAGGCUCCAUUAGGAUUAAAUUAUAAAUUAGUUGUUGGGAUUUUGAGGUCCCUACAUUCACUUCUUCGACUAUAUUCCUCUUGUGUUGUUAAAUAACAGUUAAUAUCCCCGAUUCUUGCUUGGAUUUAGGGUCCCAACAAGAGAUGAGACCGACCAGUGUAACGUGGCUACUGAAUGCAAAUCCCUCUGCUCCACUGAGUGAUAAUCACACUAACUUUUCAAGACAUGGGUCUAUUUUUCAGAGAGUCACCUGAGAUAUAAAAUGCAUUUCAUUACUUGUUUUGAACUAUUAGUUUCUCUUUUAGGCAUUGAAUCCAAUUUCCCACCUCAGCAUGAAGUUUGAAGUGGGCUUGAUAUUAAAAGUUGAAGUAACAAUUUAUAACACAAAAAGAACUAAUCAUAGUUGUUACCUUCUAUAUUGCCAAUUACUGUCUUUUAUAACCACAAUAUCAUGUUAUGGUCCCGUGUAUGUUUCCCUAUGGUGUCUCCUUAUUCAUGUUUUUUUUCUCCCCACACUGUCUCAAAGCACACCUUGGGGUGCCUUACAAUUUAAAUAGCUGUCAAAGUUAAAGAUUGAUCCAUACAUUGUGAUGGGUAGAGUGAGCUGCUUCAAAUAAAGAAACCGUGCUUUCACAA